AAGCGCCGGUCUCUUAGAUCUUAGUUCCAAACCACCACCAACAACUUCGCAACAAUGUGUGGACGGUUUGCUCUUGCAGUUCCCCACGCUGCGAUCCAGGCGUUGGACGGAUACGACAUUCCCAUUGGCGAAUGGAUCGAUCAGGACCAAUUUGUCCCCAGAUAUAACAUAGCUCCCCGCUCCACUGCUCCUGUCGUCCGCAGACACCAUACACAACCACCCCAAGAUGAAUCUUCAUCAUCCUCAGCGUCCAGUGUUGAGCCAGUCUUGCACACUAUGAGAUGGGGAUUAGUUCCUCACUGGAGUAAGCAUGAAGACAAGUCCCUGAGCACUAUGAAUGCACGUCGUGAGAACCUGGUGGCAGGUGGUGGUAUGUGGGCGAGCAUCAAAGGCCGGAAACGGUGUGCUGUACCUUGCCAAGGGUACUAUGAAUGGCUGAAGAAGGGGAAGGAACGCAUCCCUCAUUUCAUCAAGCGCAAGGAUGGCCAUUUGAUGUUGCUUGCCGGUCUUUAUGAUUGUGCGCAUCUGGAAGGCGAAUCUGAGCCUCUGUGGACAUUCACAGUCGUAACUACUGAUGCCAAUAAAGAGCUCAACUGGUUACAUGAUCGACAACCGGUCAUUUUACCCAAUCGCGAAGCUGUCUUAACUUGGCUCGAUACUUCCCCUCAGAAAUGGACACCCGAGUUGACGAAAUUAGUACAACCCCAUCGCGACGAAGAUGCACCUCUUAUCUGCUAUCCGGUCCCCAAAGAAGUCGGGAAAGUCGGCACAGAAUCGCCCACCUUCAUUGAACCUAUUGCUGAACGCAAAGACGGUAUUCAAGCCAUGUUCGCUAAACAGACUAAGCCUUCGGAAACAAUAUCUCAACCGUCUACACCUUCAAAGGGCAAGAAGCGUGAACGCAGUCCUUCAUUUGAACGUUUGGCCAAAACAGAGGCCAAGGAUGAAAAAGAUGUAAAGCCAGCGAAGAAGAAGCGCAAGGUGGAGAAGAUGAAUACUUGGGAAGACGAUUCCGACAUUGAGUAUGUUGAGGGACCGUCAGAGACGAAGCAGAAAUCUCCACCGAAGGGUUCUCAGGAGAAGAAGCCAACGAAGUCCGUUGGAAAAAAGCCUGCAGCUAAAAAAGAGCGCAAAGGGACGAAGACAAGUAAAGAAGAAUCAAAGUCCCCAGAGAAGAUCACGACGUUCUUAAAGAAAUAGGGUGGCAACGAUGACAAGUCACCGUCAUAUACAGUCUUUUCCAUUCGCGACCUUCCUAAGCACUCAGAUGUUAUUUUGUAUUCAAGGAUAGCGACCCCCCUGGGACUCUGAUAAGGUUUUCCCCUGCCGUAAGUAGGAAGGCUAGUCAAGGUUUGUCAAGCGCCGCCUGCCUUCACACACGAUGCCCAAUGCAACAGUCUCCGAAGAGCUUUGGGAUACCAUUCGCUAUCUUUUCUCCAAAGUUCGACGUACUUUGCUUGACAACCCUGGUUAUCUUGCUGCCCUCGUUCCUCUCACACGGCAAGAUGGCGUUGCAUUCGACUACGUUCCAUAUGUAUCCACAGACUUCUCGGAAUCUGAUCCAGAGUUUCAAUCAUUUACUUCCUUCAUACGCCGCCAUUUCCCUCAAUAUGAUGUCUCUCCAC